CAUGGUACUAUAUAUCCAACAACAUUCUAGACUCCGCUUCCUGGAUGUGUCCCUGACACCUCAAGCAACUUGCCAUACCUCUGAUUCCUGCAAGAACAAAACAGUUAUUCUUUCUCCACCAGGCUUCCCUUUUCAUCUUCUUUCUUUCAGUCAACCAGAUGAACAUAUCAGAAUAGCAUCAGACAAUAUUUUUCUAAAAGUUGUCAUAACUGACCCUUUCUCUCCUUACUUACCAUGCCCCUCCCCUCCUCUUGGUGCAAACCCUCUUUUGGAUUCUUGCUGUCUUGGUAAAUGAUCUCACAAUUUAUAUUAUACGCUUGUGUGUGAACUACCUUUUUUUCAUGUAAGAUUUUUGGGAACAGACCUUAUAUUUUAUACUUCCAUACCUCCUUGUUGAGUAGAUAGGUACUAGUCAGUAAAUAAUGGACUUGAUAACAUGGCAUAUAGGUUAUGGUACAGCAUGCUACUGUUUACAAAGUGCUUAGGAAAUGAUACCAUUUGUUCCUAAUGUAAAUCUUAUGAAGGAGAUGUAAACAGAUGAGCAAAAUGAGGCUCAAAUAUGUCAAAAGCUUUUCCAAAGAUCACGAUUUCUAAGCAGUAGUGACAUAUGAAAAAGGAAAUGCUACAAAAUGAUCCAGUAAGAACCUCCCUCCACAUUUACCAAGUAAACUGUUCGCUCUUUAGAAAAGCCCUUUUUAAAUCCUGUCUCCUCUCCUCUCCACUUAACCUCAGUUUUCUCAGUUGAAAUGUGAAAAUAAUUGCUCUCCGUCCCAUGGAUUGUUGGAAAUGUUCUAUACACUGUUUAAGAGGGUAGCCACUAGCCACAUGUGGCUACUUAAAUUUACAUUUAAUAAAAUGUAAAAUUCAGUUCCUCAGCCACACUGUCCACAUUUCAAGUGACUAGUGGCUUCCAUGUUGGACAGAGCAAAUAUAGAACAUUUCCAUCAUUGCAGAAAGUUCUGUUGGACAGUGCUGUGUUAGAGCUAGGACUUGCCGAAGAUUAGAGAGAGUGCUAUGACUGAACUGAAAAUUCAGACCACUGUCUGCUUGGUUUUGAGUGAGAAGGUUCAGUGGGUGAGUGGGAAACAAGCUGAGCUUCAGAACAGUGAUAUCACAAAGCACAGCUCACAAUGGCUUCAGAACUGGACUCCCAGACAACUCUUCCUAACUCUAUCUAGGUUCCUAAAGCCUCUGCACAUGCAGUUCCUGGAGCUGCUGUUAUAUUAAAAUGUCACCUUUGUCUUCUAUCUGGGACAUCAUCUCUCUGAGCUCGAUAUGGAAUUAUCUACAAGCAACUUUUCUGAGAGAGACUAGUGUGCCUCAGCAAACAAGUUUGGGGCUACUAGAUAAUCUUGCUCCGGCUGUGCAAGUUAUCCUGGAGAUUUCCUUUUUGAUUUUGUUGGGAAUAGGAGUAUAUGCCUUAUGGAAACGAAGUGUUCAGUCAAUUCAGAAAAUAUUGUUGUUUGCAAUCACACUCUACACACUUUACAAGAAAGGCUCAGAUUUUUUUCAGGCUUUGCUGGUCAACCCAGAAGGGAAUGGUCUCCCAUUUCAAGACAAUAAUAUCUUCCUGUCUUUGGGUCUGCAAGAGAAAAUUCUGGAAAAACUUCAGACAGUGGAAAACAAAAUGAAGGACCUGGAAAGGAUGAUCAUUUCCCAAAAACCUGCCACAAAGAGGGAUUGCUCCUCUGAGCGCAGCUGCAGCUGCUCUGACUGCCAGAGUCCCUUGCUUACAUCAGGGUUUACAUCCACAUCUGAAAUGUGAUGGACUCCAAUCUUUUCUAGAAAAGCACUGUUUCCCUCAUGUGUGCAGUGGUGUAUCAAUAAAGACAGAGAACUAUAUUGAAA